AUGAACCCCCUCUCCGUCCUGCGCCCCGCCGCCCGCCGCCACUCGCAGCAGCAGUGCCGCCGCGCCCUGUCCGCCUGCGCCGCCCGCUGGCAGGCCUCGCCCUCUGAUGUCUACGGCAGCGCUCGCAUGCCGCGCAUGCGUCCCGACGACGCCCCCUCCGGCGAUCUCGCCGUUGGCGAGCUGCAGGGUGCCAAGUUCCGCGUCGAGCCCCUGCGUCGCGUCGGCGAGACGGACGCCACGAAGCGAGCCCGCCUGCUAUACCAAUCCCGCAAGCGUGGCAUCCUCGAGUCCGACCUCGUCCUGUCCACCUUUGCCGCGCAGCACCUACCCACCAUGACCCCCGCGCAACUCACCGAGUACGACCUCUUCCUCGACGAGAACGACUGGGACAUUUACUACUGGGCCACGCAGCACGAGCCGUCCUCCUCCACCAACCCGUCCGUCGCCACCUCUUCCGCCUCCGCCGGCGCCGCCACCUCCGCCGAGGUGGAGGAGGCCGCGGCGAAGCAUCCCGAGAAGGAGAACGACCAGAACGUGGUGAUGAUGCGCGAGCCGGGGCGCGGCGAGUGGGCGCAGACGGUGGGCACGUUCAAGCCCGCGUACAGGCCGGUGCCGGAGCGCUGGCGCGACAGCGAGGUGCUGCGGCUGCUGCGCGCGCACGUCCGCGACAAGAGCGUCGACGGCGGCGACGGCAAGGGCAUGGCGUUCAUGCCGGCCCUCAAGGAGUCGGACUUUGCAUGA